GUGUUUUCCACGUCUGAUUGAAUCGCCUGGAGGCACAGCAAUAUACUACACCUGGCAAUUAGCUCUGUAUUACCUCUACCUACAGAUAAUAAAGUCUAAACAAAGCUCUACACAUAACAUUAUUAGGAGGUAGCUAAUUGGCUUGCGCUGGCUAGGCAAUCGCACCUACCUAGGUACAGAGGAACUGAAGUGGGGUAUUCAGUCGGAUGUUGAAAGAGGCAGUGCUCAUCACUCCACUUCACUAGCCCCGUCAACUUCCCCAAUCCAAGAGCAUGGCAAACAUAGUGCUCCUCGGGACGUGCGACACCAAACUGGAUGAAAUCCUGUAUCUUCGAGAUGAAAUCCUGCGCGAAAAGUCGGUCGAAGUCGUGCUAAUUGAUGUUGGACGCAACGAAGUCGCGCACGCUGCCAUCAACAUUCAGAGUGGCGAGCUGCGACAACGGUUUGGCGAUGGCCGUAUAGCUUCAGACCUACCACGUCGUGAAGCCAUCAAGGUAGUGACGGACUGCGCGACGAAGGCUGUGAAGGAGCUAUACGACACGGGCCGUAUCCAUGGCGUCGUAGCCGCUGGCGGUUCUGGCGGAACAUCGUUGACAGCGGCUGUCAUGAGGGACGCACUUCCCAUCGGUUUCCCCAAGCUGAUAGUGUCGACUGUCGCGAGCGGGGAUACCGGAGGUAUCGUCCAAGAAACCGACAUGGCACUGAUGUAUUCUGUUGUGGAUAUUGCGGGGCUCAACGGCGUCUUACGCAACGUUCUUAGCAACGCAGCAGCUGCUAUUGCAGGUAUGGCGCGUUCCUAUGCCUCGCGGGAAGAGUCCAGAGCAAAGCCGUCGACGAAAAGAGUCGGCAUCACCAUGUUCGGCGUCACGACCCCGGCGGUGGAUGCCAUCCGCAAACACCUCGAGUCGCAGUAUGAUAUAGAAUGCUACGUCUUUCACGCUACCGGCCACGGAGGCAAAGCGAUGGAACGACUAGUCCGGGAAGGCCGGCUCGAUGCGGUGCUCGACUUGACAACCACCGAGAUCUGUGACCUCCACACAGGCGGAGUCAUGAGCGCUGCUCCCGACCGGUUGGAAGCGGCCGCUAGAACUGGCAUCCCAAACAUCAUCUCGUUGGGCGCAACGGAUAUGACCAACUUUGGUCCUAUGGGCACCGUGCCGGAGAAGUACAAGGAUCGGAAGUUGUAUGAGCACAAUCCCCUUGUCACAUUGAUGCGAUCAUCAAAAGAAGAGUGUAAGCAGGUCGGUGACUUCAUUGUGAAGAAGUUGGUAGAGCAUGCCAAGAAUCCGGACAUGAUCGAGGUGUGGAUGCCCUUGGGAGGUGUUAGUAUGAUAGCCACGGCUGGAGGACCGUUCCAAGAUGCCUCUGCUGAUGAGGUGCUCUUCCAAACCGUGAGGGAUGGUCUGUCGGGGACUAAGAUAAGGGUUGUCGAGGAUGCACGUGCGAUCAAUGAUCCUGGGUUUGCCAGAGAUAUCGCGGAAGCAUUAGCCCAAAAGAUGGGGUUUGCUUGAGGAGUAACCAUGCCCAUGCGUGCCAGCUGGGUCUGGCUCGAAAUGAAAUACUUAGCGCUCGAAACAACUUCGAUUCAGUCAUCUUCUCACAGCGGCGGCCGUACUUCGCGCAAAGCCGACGGAGAGAACAUGACGAUAGAAACCUUUUAGGAAGUUUGUCUAAGAACUCAUUUCACGUAGG